AUGGAGGAGGCGGAUGGAUAUGAAGGCGGGGGCUAUGGCAAGGCGCAGCGGGGGAGGCGCCACCGCACGCAGACUGGCAAGACCCCCUACAGCAGGCCCGGCCCCAAGCCCGUAGCCAAGGAGGGGCCGCUGAAGGAGCAGCCUGCCAGCGAGCCGGCGCCAGGGGGACUGUUUGGGAGCCUGCGAACUCUGAUCACCAAGGUCCCGGUGCUGGGCAGCUACUUUGGAACACCUGCCGCCGCCGCCGCUGAACCGCCGCCAACAGACGAUGAGAUGGAUGGCGAUGUCGAGGUGGUGCUGGAGUCGCAGACCCAGGGUGCGGGCGAUGGCGGCAGCGGCAAGGAGCAGAUGCAGGGAGGGCGCGAGCUGGCACGGGCGGCGGCGAGCCCCGCCUCGCUGCCGCGGCCGGGCCUGCGGGGCGCUUCCCAGGGCCCCGCGCAGCCACCAGCGCCGCAGGCGGCUGCUGCUCACACACGCAGAGUGGCGUUCCAGUCGCCCAUGGGCACGGGGGACGAGGCAGAGGAGGCAGCAGCAGGCACACCCCAAGUGCCACCCCGGGGCGUCGACGGCGACGGCAGCGGCACCCCGUAUGACAGCGUGCUCGCCAUGCUGCGGCAGGGCCCCCUGGCCACCAACUCGCCCCGCUCCUUCCCCCGCCCCCGCUCGAGCAGCCUGCUGACGGCAGGCGCGGGGCGCACCCCCGGGCCCGCGCUGGCCUUUGGUGGCAGCACGUCGCCCUCGCCGCUGCCGCCCAGCGGCGGGCCGAGGGCAGGCGCCGGCUUUGGAGGCUCCCGCCUGGGGCUGCACGCAGCAGGCGGCGGCAGCUCCACCCCAUCCACCGGCCUGCGCACGGCCUACACUGCGCGCAGCAACAGCCGAUUCUCCCGCACCCCGGUGCACAUGCAGCCGCUGGCUGCCGGCAGGCCCGCGGGCAGCGGCGGCGGCGGCACCUCUCGCUUCGGCCUGGCAGCUGCCGCCGUGGCGGCUGCAGCAGGCGACGAGGCAGCAGGCGCUGGCAGCGGGCCUGGCACUGCACUGCUGUCGCCGGCACCACUGGCCUGGACCCCCAUGCGCAGCAACCUGGCUACCGGCGGCCGCGGUGGUGCCCCUGCGAGCGGCACAAAGCGGAAGGCGGAUUCAGCCAGCCCGGAUGCAGAUGCCGGGGGCGGCGACGCCGGCACCAUCAGCCUCCUGGAUGCGCAGCGCCGCAUCCGGCAGCGGUCGGAGCCAGUCGGCGGCGGGGCUGGCGCCAGGGGCGACCGGCGAGCCUGGAAUGCAGGGCGCACGCCCUUCCACCCCAAGGCGGCAGGCCUGUCGCGCUUCGGCGCUGCGCAGCAGCAGAAGCAGCAGCCGCCGGCGGCGGCAUGGGGCGGGCUCGGCGGUUGCUGGGAGCCGCCGCCGCAGCAGGAGAAUGGCGCCAGCCCGGCAGCCCCGCCAGGGCUGCUGCCUGGCGCGCCGGCAGCCGCAGCGCCAGCAGGGGGAAAGGCCACAACUGACACCGCCCGCCGCAUCCUAGCCACCCUUGAUGCCCUCGACAAGGUGGUGGCGGCAUCGCCUACAGGCGUUGGCGCGGCAGCGGUGGCGGCGGCGAUGGGCGAGGCGCAGCAGGGUGUGGAGCCCGCAGCGUCCCCGCCCCCAACCGACUCGCUAGGCUUUGCAGGCCUGCCCCGGGGGGAGCCUGCGCACGAGCCGGCGGACAGUGGCGGCCAGGGGGAGAGGGCCAGGAGCGUGACGUUUGGGAACGUCGUGUCCUUUGCUCCCACGCCCACACCCGCGUCGUCACCGAUGGCCAAGGUCGCCACCGCCGCUGUGCCUGCUGCAGCUGCUGCCGGCACCGCCAGCGGCUGGGGUGAGGCCCUCCUGGCUUCCAACAAAGCUGCUGCGGCACAGGCUGCGCCAGCAGAGGCCACUGGCGGCGGCAGCAAGCAGCAGCAGGUCCAGCAGCCCACGGCAGCCUUCACGUUUGGGCUGGCAGCAGCUCAGCCCUCCUCUGCAGGAGCAGCAGGUACACCCACCAUGAAGCAGCGCAGCGAAAUUGCGGCACCGAAGGAGCCUGCAGCCGAGCUGGCGCGGGCAUCCGAGGCGCCGGCGCCGCUGUUUGGCGCCAGCAAGCCAGCAGAGCCUGCGGUGCCGGCGUUUGCCUCCCCCAAGCCUGCCAACGGUGCUGACACGUCGACGGCCCCCAAGUUUGCUUUUGGUGGCACUCGUAGCAGUGACAUGGAUCGCAAGGUGGCUGCAUCCAUCGCAGCAGCUUCCACGGCCGCCGCUUCAGGCCUUGCCCCCACCUUUGUCUUUGGCGGCAAGAAGGCAGGAGAGGGCAAAGAAGCCGAGGGCGCCUGGACGCCGCUGACGGCCGCCAAGACCCCUGCUGAGGCUGAGAAGGCCAACCAGGCGGCUGCUGAGGCGGCGAAGUCGCCGCUGCCAGAGUCUGAUCUGUCUGACGAGGAGCCGCCUCCGACGGCACCAGAGCCAGCGCCCGCACCCAAGCCUGCAGAGGCCGCCAAGCCCGCAGCAGCCAGUGGUGGCUGGGACCUGAGCUUCCUGCAGAAGAACCAGGCUGCAGCUCAGCAAGCCCUCGAGGCUGCCGCCAAGGAGGCGGAGGCCGGCAAGCCCUCGGCGGCUGCCGCAGACGCACCCAAGUUCAGCUUUGCAGCCCCUGCACAGGUGCCUGCACCUGCCAGCACCGCCGCUUCAGGCUGGGGGGAGGCCUUCUUGAAGUCCAACCAAGCUGCCGCCUCAACGGCAGCUGAGGCCGCAGCCAAGGAGGUAGAUGCCGCUGCCCCGAGCGGCGGUGCAACAGCAGCAGCCCCUGGCACCAGCGCCCCGGCCUCUGGGGCAGGAUGGGGCGAUACCUUCUUGAAGGCCAAUCAAGCUGCUGCCUCGCAGGCAGCAGAGGAUGCUGCCAAGGAGAUAGCGGGGGCUGCUCCUGGCGGCUCGGCGAGCGCAUCUCAGCCCGGGUUCGAGCCGGCAGCAGCUCCGGUGGUGGCAGCCCCGCCAUUUAACUUUGGAGCGGCAUCUCAGCAGCCCAUUCAGCUUGGGGCAGCGCCCACUGCUUCCAGCGGCGCCGCCGUUGUCUUUGGUGCGUCGGCCCCGCCCCCCGGCAGCACUGGCUUUGCCUUUUCCACGCAGCCGCCGGCGUCCAGUGCCGCCGUGCCAGCAGGCGGCUUCGCCUUUGGUGCUACUCCGGCCACAGCUCCGCCCGUUGGUGGCUUUGGGUUUGGCGCGAGCAGCGGUUCUGGAGGGUUUGCCAAUGGCAUGGACUCCAUAGAAAUGGUAGAAAACGGCACCAACAACAAUGGUGCGAGUGCUGCGGCGCCAGCUCCGACCUUCCAGUUUGGAUCAGCCCCACCCGGCAGUGCCCCUACCUUUGGCAGCUCUGGGUUCGGCUUUGGUGCCCAGCCGCAGCAACCUGGCUUCAGCAGCACCCCAGCGUUUGCGUUUGGUGCGGUGCAGCCCCAGCAGCCGGCCCCCGCCCCCGCCGCGGGAGGCAUGGUGCCCAACAACCCCUUUGGCGGCGGCAUGGGCGGCGGGUUCAGCAUAGGCAGCACUGGUGGCGGCGGCUCUCAGUCGGAGUCUGGCAGGCGCAAGCUCAAGGUGAAGCGGGCGGGAGGCAGGAAGUAG